AUGGAGGAUAUUUAUGCGGAACGGAACACGCGUUUCAAUGGGGGAUUUGAGUAUGACCAUCCCGACUAUGUAAUCGUGUCAUCCCUCUCCAAGAAGAAACAGGCUGCUAUCCCCAAGACGAAAGAGCUAGCCAUUGUACAUCCAGAUCAGCAAGACAAGGAAGAAACCGUCACGGUGGAUAUACGUGCACAUGACACUGGCGUGUACGGACACGAUGGCCUUUUCUACCUCAAAGUGAUGUGGACCUUUUUGCUUGCCACCAUCAUUCUUUGGGCGUAUUGGAAAUGGAUCAAGGCAUCUAGGCAUCCUGCUCCUGAGGAUGAUAUCGACACGAAGGAGAUGUUGUCGAAGAAGAAACAGGCAACAUCGAAUGUUGGGGUAUCUCGGAAAAAGGAAGCAUCAAUCCAUUCUGGCACUGUCGAGGUAUCCGAAGCUACCCAGUGCAUCCAGAAUCUGAGCGAGCAGUUUGAAAGUGUCAAAGACAAGAAUGAAGCCUUGUCAUUGGAGCAACGCAGAAGUGUCAAGGUUGAACGGCAAUCUGUGUUGAGCAAAAAAUGCCACGAAAGCGUGGAAAUGGAAAUAUCUGAAAUGAUUCAACAGCAGGAAGCAAUGUGCAUGCAGAUGAAAAAGUCGGGCAACUCAUGCCAUGUCAAAGAGCACCAAUCCGCAGUCUCUAGAGAGCGGUCUCCAUCUCCUCCACCUCUUGUCGAUGAAGAGUGGGAAGAUUCUCCCCCUGUUCCACGGCAAAUCCCUCUCUGUUCUUCUGCAACUAGACAGAGAAGGACCGACAACUCCUUAUCAACCAUGCCAAAAUAUCAAUCUCCCCGAAAGGAUGCAUCCCGAUAUCCUUCCGAGCUUGUCCAGCAAACACCAACCAAAGUGGAUGGGCCCAUUCAGCCAUGGUCUUCACCUGCAAUAGCGGCAACACCGCAACAAAUUGCCCGGGAAUAUUGUGAAACCUUUCAAAUCAUCCAAGAAGGACUGCAGAGCUCAGGCCUGAAGCUAGAUUCACACCGGACAGCUGGAGAGUUGACAAUGUUGCAUCAAUCUAGUCGACUAAAAGAGCUGCACGCGCAACGGGAAUUCUCUAUCGAGCUUCAACGUCAGUCAUCCUCUGUUAUUGAAAAAUACGACAAGUACCUGAAAGAUCUAUCGGAACGUCAUGCAUCGUGCUGGAGCAACAUUGCAAGCGCAAUGUACUACAGUUUUAUAGUUUGUAUCAUGCUGGAAGGUGGUCGAUGUCUCGUCGACGUUAAGGGUGAGCUGGACUACUUUACAUUGCAACAUUUUGGGGAAAGUUUUGCGGAAAUGGCAUGUGGAUGUGAAGACAACGACAUCAGAGUUUUUGUCGAUGAUGAACUAUGCUUCCCAUCUCCCAUGCGUACUCUGAUCUGCAACGUAUCCUGGCUGGUCCUUGGGUUGGCUCACAAUCCGAAAGUAUGGCUGAGUGUGACCCGCAACAUGGAAGUGUAUGCCGGCUGGAUGAUCACGCAAAUUGCAUUGUCAGCCAUUUCUGCAGCGGGGGCAUUGGUCUACUAUUUCAGAGCAAGAAAGUAUCUUUUGGAACGGCAGCAGCAAGUGGAGCAGGAGCGGAAUCAGGGUACAUUUGGAGGAGAGCCGAUUUGUCAGGGUCAAAGGAUGUUGGUCCAAGUGGAAGACAUGGCCCGGAUCCUCAAGGUUUUUCCACCUGUGGUUAUGUUGGCGGUGUUGCUCUUGUUUCCAGUUCCUGGAGGCUACAGCCUGUAG